UUUCCUGCUCUCGCGCGUGCCAAUCGGAGUAAACUGCGCGCCCCAACGGCCACCAUGUGCGACAUAGGCCUGGAAUUGUCUUUAUCAUCUUGCGGUACUAACCUUCUAUAGUGCGUGGUCACAGCAGCGCUCACCUACCUUUAUAUACACUUAUCUCCUUCACCAUGUGUUGAGACUCGGGCCAUCCCAGUCUCUCCUUGUCUGCCCAGACUCGAGCUGCACCUAAGCCCGCAGCUAACCCCAUGGCUGGCGUGUUUGGCCCACAGCGACCCAAUUGGUUGUUCGAAUCCACUCAGCAGUUUCUCAGCCGUCAGCGCCCGCCAACCUCACUCUCACCUUCAUGCCCCCCACCCGUCAAUAUGUACUUCAACGGCGUCUACUAUCCAAAUUGGCGCAUUUAUAAGAACCAACCGCCGUCUUCUCUCAAUCUCGAUGUCAUCUCCCACGUUUUCUAUGCCUUUGCAUGGGUGAAGACCGACGGCACUAUUUAUCUUAGUGACGAAUGGGCAGACUCCCAGAUCGAUGUGGAUGGUGUCAAGGGCUGUCUCAAUGCUUUCGCUGCGCUGAAAAAGAAGUACACUGUCUUGAGGGUCAUCUUGUCAGUCGGCGGGGGCGGCAAAGGUAGCGAAACAUUUGCAGAGGCGGCUCGCACUCCAGCCUCGCGAGAACGAUUCGCACAGACGGCGCGAGACCUGUGCAUCCAGUACAACCUUGAUGGCAUCGACAUCGACUGGGAACAUCCAGCGGACCCCCAACAAGGCAACGACUAUGUCCAGCUUCUCGCGACCUUGCGUGCUUUCCUGCCCGCCCCGCGCUUUACGCUCUCUUCAGCCCUUCCGGCUGGCGAGUGGGCACUUAGGAACAUCAAUCUCGCAAAUGCAGCGCAAUAUCUAGACCUGAUCAAUCUGAUGUCUUACGACUUCUCGGGCCCUUGGGUAAAAGCAUGCGGACACCAUGCCCAGCUUUACACUCCUCAGGUGCCGCAUAACGAUGACGCAUCGAUAUCCUGCCAUUCAGCUGUAGCUUAUAUCCUCAAGCAAGGCGUUUCGCCCAACAAGCUUCUCCUGGGGGUUCCUGCUUAUGGACGCUCGUUUCUAAACACCCAUGGUGUUGGACAUCCCUUCUCAGGCACAGCAGGAGAAGAAGGCACUUUCGAAUACAAAGACCUCCCUCGCCCCGGGACACAAGAGCUGGUCGAUGAACAAGUAGGCGCUGCAUAUUGCGUCGGGGGAGACGGAGGGUUCAUCACGUAUGACAACCCUCAGACGGUGAAGAUGAAGGCGAAUUAUGCCAAGCAAAAUGGGCUGGCUGGACUGUUUUAUUGGACUGGCACUGGAGAUUCGAGCGACACAGCGCGGAGUCUGGCAUACAAUGGGUAUAUUGGCUUGCAUCAAUGAGCGUUUCGGCUGAUGAGCACAUCGGUCAAUGAGCGUAUCAGUUUCCUUGAUGCAGCACAGUCAGCUUUUGACUAAAGUAGUGCAUGCAGGACGGAAAAGGUUCAUUUGGGUUAUUGGAGGCGGCUCGUGGGGGAUGGAAAAUACAAUUUCUCAGAACGCGAUCUUGAAAGAG